UAUUGUCAUUUCAGACAGAGAAUCACGUUGGAAGAUGGCGGAUACACAACAAACAAAAACUGCCCUAAGAAUAAGAAAACUCAGGAAAAAACUGCGACAGAUUGAAAAUUUAAAAAGAGUGUGUGGACAGAGGGAACUCGCAGAAGAAGAGAUCAAUAAGAUUAAUCAGAGUGAUGAUAUUAGAGAGAAACUACAAGAACUGAUUUCAGUGGCUUUGGAAGAUGACCAGGAAAUGGAGACUAAGCAACAAGAAGAGCAAUUAACCAUUGCAGAGCAGAAUGGUGACUGUGAUGACAAUGUCUCCAAAGAGAAAAAAGAAGCCCAAGAAGAGGAUGAGUUAGUUUUGAAACUGGAGGAAAACCCAGAUACAGAGGAAAGUGAAACUAUAAAAGAAGUGUUGAAGAAAGAUGAUGAAGCUAUGCAAGUGGAGGCCAAUGAAACAGAUGAAGUGAAAAUCAUUAAGUCUAAAAAAGGAAAGGGUGUUAUGAAAAAUCCAUCCAACCCAAAGGAAUGCAAACAGGUGCAGUUUUCAGUUGAGUUAGUCGAAGGACAUCACCACCCAAUUUGCGGUAUUGAUUUUGACAAGAAGGCAAUCAUAUCUGGAGGCCACGAUACAAGUUUCAAAAUCUGGAACAAAGAAACAUACGAAGAGUUAUCGAGCCUUGGUGGACAUACGGGCAGUAUAUCAUCAGUUGUGCUUAUAUCAGAAGACAGGGCCGCUACAGGCUCUCAAGACUGUUCAAUUAAGACAUGGGAUGUUAAGAAAGGCGAGGAACUUUCAUCAGUGUAUGUGUUUAAUCCUGUUACGUGUUUGGCCCACCAAAACGAACUGCUUGCCAUUGGAAAUGAAGGUGGGAAGAUUGACAUAUACGAUAUUGUGAAAGGCGAAAUAACCAUUUCACACAAAGCACACGACGAUGCACUCGUGGCAAUUGUGUUUAUGGACGAUAGCAGGCUUGCCAGCGCCUCCGCAGAUGGCAUAGUUAAAGUCUUUGAGCUGCAUGACAGUGAGCUCGUCAAUGUAAUCGAUACCUACGACGACAUUUCCACUGUCAAGUCGUUUAAAAAAGAUGAAAACGCGGCAGACACACCAAACACUAGCAUUUUGAAUCUGCCGCUGCGUAAAAUCAGCUGCAUCGCAGCGUUCGAUGAUACUGUCUUUUGGGGAGAUGAUGGAUUUAAUGUUAAGGCAUUCAACACAAAAACAGGUGAAAUUGUCAAGCUACGAAACAACCUAAACGAAUUCAGUCCAACGGAUGCCAUGACAGUGUUGAAGGACGGCGAUGAUGGUUUUCUGUUGUGCGCUGGUUUUGAUAUUGACAAUGGAACAGGUUACAUUAACGUUCGAAAGCUUCCCAGCAUGGAUUAUAUUGGGACAAUUUCAGAUGAUGAUCUAGGCCACAUCAAUUGUAUGGCAGCUUCAAUGAAAGAUGGUAAAAUACAGAUGAUUACCGGAGGGUCUGAGCUUAGAGUCUGGAACCAAGUGGCUGCAAACAAUGGAAAGAAAAGACCAGCAAGUGACGAAAUUGAUGAAGUAAUUCCAUGCAAGUUCAUUCGUUCAUACAACGUAUCACGUGACUCUGAAGAAGACGAUUCAGAGCCUGAAGCUGAGGAAGAAGAGGAAAAUGUGACGCAAUUAGAAGAUGAAAAGAAAGCGAGCAAGUCUUGGUGUGUCGUUCAGUAGGCAUUCUGUAAGUCUGUAUGCGUUUAUUAUAGUCAUAUAAAAAGUGUGAACUCUUAGAGUUUAGAUAUCGGACAAAGUAUUGUUUGAACUAUAGUUACAGGACAAUUAUAGGGCCAUGUCUAAAAAGCUUUUUACUUACAUAUAAAUAGCAUUACUAAGUAUCCCUACAUGUGUAGCUUUAUGAAUACAAAGUAUACGUAUGUUCUACACUUUUUUAAAGUAUGUAACGGUUCAUAAAGUUAAAAAAUUGGUGUCCCUGCAAGUGUGUUCAACAUGGAGUACUUCAGAAAAUAAGCGAAAUUUAGGCGCUUUAUGGUUUCGCAAGCUCAAUUUGUUACCUUUAGCACUAUUUCCUAUUUGAAUCUAAUCAUUAAAAGAGAAACAGAGCUGAGAUUCGGAGAAGCUUUUCAAAUUUGAAGAAUUCAGAAUUUUCCUGCAAAAAUCUGGUGAACCUGCAAUGAGUAUUUGCAAUUUUGCUGAAUACGAGAAAUAUUUCUAUGUAUUACAAAUAUCAUGAUGAAGUUUAUUGACCAGCUUGAUUGACCUUGUCGCAUAAUAGUGUUUGGGAUCCAAAAAAGCUACAAAUUAGAUUAUAUAUAUAUAUAAACACAUAUUGUUCCUCUGUAAAAGAGCGGAAGGUUUUUAUGGUCGUAUUUUUCCAUUUUGAGGCUGGGCUCAUUAAAAGAUGCGAGGAAUGUCGCUUUACAAUGUCCUUACUAUUGCAGUUUUUUUCGUGGCAUUCUCAAUCGAAAGAAUUAACUUCGAAAACGUAACAAAGCGUCUUUUUAGAGCUUUUGGUGUAUAGGAUUGGACUGUUCGAAGCUGCUUCUCUGAGUUUCAUGCUUAAUACGGUCAUUAGGCAAUUGUUCUUUAAGAUAUUGUGCUACUUCUAAGCCUCAUUAACAUGUCAAUUGUCUUCUUUGGACAAAAGUACACGAGCACCUGUCCGAUUAUCUAAACUGCAUUUAGGGGUGUUGCUGUUUUUAUAUAACGAUAGGUAUCGAAUACCUUUGGGGUUUUGCUUUAAUUUAACCAUUUUCAUGGAUCGUAUGACUUUUAUCUUAAAUAAAUUGUCUUCCUAACGAUAAGUUUACAUAAACAAAUUUUAAGCCGCUGUAAAGAUGAUAAAAGUUGUUUUAUAGUAUGGAGUCGUUUAAGAGAUAAUACUGUCUUUUAAUGUGUCAUAUCAAGUUUUAGUUUUCGUCUAAGACUGCUUUACUGUUGUGAAAUUAUUUCAAAGACCGUUUACGGGGUCAUUUCUGGUGAAAAAUAAAAUACA